AUUAAAAACGUUCAGUACAGUAAAGUCAUCCAGCAUGUGAGUUCGUUUUUCCAACUCGUUACAGAUUGCAAAACAAUUAACGUUUGUAUUCGGGAGGUAUUGCAUGAGGAAGAAUAUUCAGUUUUAUUGAAAGAAGAAUGUAUUUUGUUCUGACUUUUGACGGUGGAAUGUCGGUAAUUAUUCCAAAAUAAUAUUUUAGUAAAUCAUUUUUAAACCGCGAUGUCACCGAGACUAAAAGAAGAAAACCCGGUUAAUUUAAGUGUAUGCUUUAAAUUGAACUGUUAGGGCAACUGUGUUGUAUAAUUGCAGUUUGCGAAAAGCAUCUCGGUUUUAUCUUUUUUUGCACGUUAUUGACAAUAAAUUGGGACAGAUUUAAAUCGAAAUCGAGGUACCUGAAGACAUGGGAUCAACCAAGUCUGGAGGUGUAAUAGCCUACAUAUCUUCUGGCUCAGCCUCCAGCUCGGAUUCUUGUUUGUAUGACAUUUGCAGCAAUGGCUACCUGUCCUCCUCUCCGCCUUGUCCCUCACUGCCAAGCCGGGCAGAAGGAAUCGUAGUGGAUGUCGCCCCCCCUACCCUGGUCAGGCAUCCCCGAAGCCAUGGCUCUGAGAAGACUGGGCGAUCCACCAAAAGUGGCAUCACCAAGAUCAACGGCAUGGUGCUGUUGUGUAAAGUGUGUGGUGACGUGGCUUCAGGCUUCCACUACGGCGUCCACGCCUGUGAGGGCUGCAAGGGCUUCUUCAGGAGGAGCAUCCAGCAGAACAUCCAGUAUAAAAAGUGUCUUAAGAUGGAGAACUGCACCGUCAUAAGGAUCAACAGGAACCGCUGUCAGCAGUGUCGUUUCAGGAAGUGUCUGGCUGUGGGCAUGUCUAGAGAUGCUGUUCGGUUUGGCCGCAUCCCCAAGAGAGAGAAACAGCGCCUGCUGCUGGAGAUGCAGAACGCCAUGAACAACAUGAUGACCAACAGCAGCCAGCUCCACAACUCCCAGAGCCCGGCCUGUCCUGUGGAAGGGCACUCUUCGUCCUCCUCCUCUUCAUCGGGCUCCACCCCGUCCUCGCCGCGCUCCGCUCAAGACUCCAUGGACACAAGUUCCAGCUACGCCUAUUCCUGCUCAUCGGAAAGCGGCGACGAUGAGGCUUUGCCCGCUAGGGGCCAUCAACAGGAUGCCUUCGCGUACAACAGUCAGCAGCAGUCCGCCAACGAGCGAAGGGAGGAGUCCACCUCGCCCGCCGACAGGGAGACGGGGAGCGACAGCCACGUGAAGGAAUCACAGACGAGUUGGAAAUGCUACAACAAAAAUGCCAUCGCCAGGGGUGGUCUGUCCUGUUACUAUGGCAAUGGCCACCAUCAACAGGUCACCAACGGUCCUUACCGCGAAGAGAGAGUUGUUUACCAGCUGCUAAAUGGCACCCCCAGUGGUGCUUUGCUAGAAGACGCCUCUAGCCUGCAUGACAGGAGCCACAACACAAUGAGCAACACCCAGACCCCCUCCAACAACCCCCAUGGUCCAGCAUAUAGCCUAGAUGACCGCAGGUCUCACUUGGUCUGUCAAAUGAAUGAGACUCCCGGUCCACAUCUGGACACCAGGAAGCGCAGCCAAGAGGUCUGGGAGGAGUUCUCCAUGAGUUUCAUUCCGGCUGUGCGGGAGGUGGUGGAGUUUGCCAAGAGGAUCCCUGGCUUCCGAGACCUGUCAGAGCAGGACCAAGUGAACCUGCUAAAAAAUGGAACCUUUGAAGUGCUUAUGGUCCGUUUCGCCUCGCACUUCGACGCAGCCGAACGCACAAUAACCUUCCUGACAGGAAAGCGUUACAGCUUGGAUCUCCUCCGCUCGCUGCGUGCCGGGGAACUGCUCACCUCCAUGUGUGACUUCAGUGAGAAGCUGGCCGCCCUGCAGCUGGACAGAGACGAGAUGAGCCUCUUCCUCGCCGUCGUCCUCGUUUCUGCCGAUCGUUCAGGGAUUCAGGACUUGAAGUCAGUGGAGGUGCUGCAGGACACACUGAUCCGAGCACUCCGUAGUCUGAUCAUGAAGAACCACGCCAACGAGGCUACCACCUUCACCAAGCUGCUUCUCAAGCUGCCUGAGCUGCGCUCUCUUAACAACAUGCACUCUGAAGAGCUACUGGCCUUCAAAGUGCCCUCGCGAUAAGGCACGCACAAUAGAGCUGAUCUGAUUGCUAAAUAAGAACUUCUCACAUAUAAACCAGGGCUUACCUCUUCUGUAACUCCUGUCCAAGAACCUGGGGGCUGGACCUUGGGGACCCUUACUUUCAACCAGCCUAACUGCGUAUUUCUUACCAGAAUGUAUUGAGAGGUUCUUGUUUUGGACUGUUGAUGGACACAAGUGCCAGAGAAGAGAAAAUGUUGUACUGUAUUUAAGAAAUGGAUUAAUAGCUGAGAUAUUUUUUGCCAACAUGCAGUGAGAGGUGUGUUUUGACAAGUUUGACACCUUUCUUUUCUUAAAAAGCGCCUGCCUUUUUAAAUAAGGUGAAGAAACACAUGUUUUAUGUUUGGUUUUCUCUGAAAAUAAAUGUAAUUCCAAAGUGUAUUGCUGUAAAGCAAUAUCAAUAUGCUGAUUAUACUAUCUAUUUUUUGUUCAAAAGAUAUGUAAAAUUGUUCGGUUACUGUAUUGAACCAAGUCUAUUUGAUAAAAGACUUGACAGAAACAUUUGUCUAACAUAAAGAAUGUGUGAUGAUUGGUGCUACUGCAAAGCUAUCCUUUAGUAAUCGACUUGACAUUUCUGUACAUUUUUAAGUAGUCUUUUGUCUAUAUAGGAUUGUAGUCUGAAUAUAUUGCAUAUUUGCAUUUCUGUCAGCUGCCUCUACCAUGGCUCCUUCUGGAGAGUCACUGUUAUUACACUAUUUCAGCAGCACUAUGUAGUGUUGUAGACUGAACCUCUUAGCCGGGCUGCCCAACCCUGGUUCUGGAGUGCCAACGUCCUGUAUGUUUCCUGAUGUAGCACACUUGAUGAAAACUAAGUCAGGUUUGUCACAACUGGGGUUCGAUGGAACUAGUUUUCCAGGAACAGGUUUGGGCAGCCCUUCUCGAAAGACACACGUGAUGACAGACCCACAUCAUGUGUGUAGUUAUUGGAUGGGUUUUACUUUGCCUCCUGGCAUUUUGGCACAGCACUGACUUAGCAAUGUAUUUCUUUUUUGGGGUGGCAGGGUGGUGUCUGUAUUUGUGUCCUGUCACUGACAAGAUUGCGGUUUGUAAAUAAAUAAUGUAUAUCUAUCAUAUAAA